GAACAGCGCCAGGCGCGCGCCCAUCAAAUCCUCUGUUUCCACGGCAACAGAGGAGGAGUUUGCACUUCGACCCGUGACCACAUCGGCGGAAAUGAGGAACUAGGAAGUCGACUGCAGGGCUGAUGUGGAAAACCACACAUUUGUUUAAGAUGAAUUAGUAUCGCGUACAGCAGCUCGUUCGUUUUCAUUCACCACAGAUAUCGAAUGGUAUAAGCGGUCAUCCCACAUGCAGUGACAACGCUAGCUUGUUCGAGAAAGAUGCUUCAGAGGUGACCUAAAUUGGAGCGGUUGAAUGUGUGGGGUAUUUACAGAGUGUAAAGACAUCAUUACCUGUUCUGUUAUUCGAUGCGACUUUUGCAAUGACAGAUAUGUUUUUCCCGUGCUGUUAAACAUAACCUGGUCUACUUUUGGUCACUCAUUUCCUCUGAUAAGAAGCUGAACAAAAUGCCACAACCAAAUUGAAGUAAUACACUUAUCUCAUGCACCAAAAUCCAUAAUUUUACACCUGAAGUCAUCAUGUCAUUGGGCGAACAGUCACAGAAGUGGUUUCCAACUCACGUCCAAGCCACUGUUCUUCAAGCCACAGACCUGCAACCAAAGGGCAAGAAUGGCACCAACGAUGCCUACACCAUCAUCCAGCUGGGCAAAGAGAAGUACUCCACAUCAGUGGCGGAGAAGACCCUCAGCGCGGUGUGGAGGGAAGAGGCUUCAUUUGAACUGCCAGGGCUGCUGAUGGAGAGCAACCCAGAGGUGUAUGAGCUCUGCCUCACAGUCAUGCACCGGUCUCUGGUUGGAUUGGAUAAGUUUCUGGGCCAAACAAUCAUCAACUUAAAUGAGAUAUUUGACAACAAGGAACGGAGGAAAACUGACUGGUACACGCUAGACUCACGGCCAGGUAAGAAGAGGAAAGACCGAGGCAAGAUUCAAGUUAGCAUCCAGUUCAUGCGGAACAACAUGACCGCCAGCAUGUUCGAUUUGUCUAUGCGAGACAAACCCAGAUCGCCGUUUUCCAAGCUCAAGGAAAAGAUGAAGGGUCGCAAGCAUGACGGCGCCUUUUCAGACACGUCUUCCGCCAUCCUUCCACGCUCAGGACUGAGCGAGACUGAUUCUCUGCCAGACCCGCACCCUCACCCACAGGCUGCACCCUCACCCAAGCCAAAACGCUCGCUGCUCACUGGGGCGCAGAAACUUUCUACUGCUCACUCCAUGUCUGAUCUGAUAGGAACUCACUUCAGGCCCAAACUCGACUCCAUGAACUCUAUUGAGGAGAAAGGGGUUGCUGCAUCUCACAGACACUCACAGAGCGAUGGAUAUGGUUGCCCAACCAGCGACGUUCCAUGUGACCCCUUUUCCGACAUCGGAGACAACAUGCCCCAGAAAUUCGCCACUCUCCCACGCAACCACAAUCCCUUCGAGGAAAAUCAGGGGACGCUGUUGGGGGCUGAGAAGAGAGAGAAGAAGGAGAAGGUCGGUCUUCUGGGCAGAGUGACUGGGAAGAAGGAAGGUAAGAAAACGGCUGCUGGAACGCGAACAGGAAGCUCUGGAGACCUGCGAUCUCCAAACCCCUUUACCAGUGAAACCUCAAGUGAAACCAACCCUUUCCUCUCACACUACAGAUCCAGUGACAACAUGAGAAACCCCACCAGUACUGAGGACCUUACUCAGAGAUUCCAAACCUCUCCUGAAAAGAAGCACGGCAUGAAAAGUGCAAGAGAGCAUGAGCCUGAACAUCUGCAGGUGAAUAUGGCGGCCUACAGCAAUCUCUCCUUUGAAGAAGUUGUGCAAGAGCUCAUCAAGCAGAAAGAGGUGGUGAGAAAGAAAGAUGCUCAUAUUCGGGAGCUGGAGGACUACAUUGAUAACCUGCUGGUCAGGGUAAUGGAAGAGACACCCAGCAUCCUGAGAACACCCUAUGAGGCCAAGAGAAAAGCUGGGAAGAUCUCAAAAAAGUAAAGGAUCUCCAAAGCGUAUUAUAACAGUUUUCUGGCUAAAUAUGAAUUGCUUGUAAAAUGACACUGGAAUGUUAAUACACUGACAGGCCAAGUGUAUUUGUUCACACACGGACCGUUUUCUUGCCAUGAAGUUACUCUAGGUUUGCAAAAACAACCGGAAAUAUUGUGAAGAAAUAUGGGCACUAAAUGUGGCGAUGCCAAACCCCCUUUUAGAUUUUUCAUUACUUUUGUUUCGAUUUUAUUUUUUUUAAGAAUCUUUUGAGCUGUUGAAUUAUACUUUGAGUAAAAUGUUUUUGAAAAUCUUCACAAGCAGCCAUUCAUAGUUUAGAGCAUUGUUCGUGCGCGAGGAGACCAAUGUUAUGUUAAUACCGACAAUAACUGUGUUUGAGUUUAUUUCUAUUUUGGAUUCAGUCAGUAUAACAGAAUUGAGCACGUAAUACUCUCACUGUGUUUUGUGAUGAUCUCUAAGGUGGACUGUGCAUAUGAGGCCUUUAAUUUGCUGUGACUGAAUUCACACUUCAAAAACUGUACCAGAUCAAUUGACAUACGUUUGUCCACAAAUAUGUGCUGAAGUGAGGAAACACUUGGAUGGCACCAUGGGACAAAGAGGUGGUUGUUUACUGCAUGUGUAGUGUUUGACAGGGUAACUCUCCUAUCACUUUUGAGUGAUCAGACUGGCAUGUGUUUGGUGCCAUAUUGAUACUUUACAAGACAUUGGUACCAAAACUUUUUCAAAAGCAUACGUCUAUAAAAUAAUACACUCAGAAUUACACUACUGAUAUUUAUUUUGAGCUUGAUUGCAAUGGGCAAAUGUGUAUGUGAAUAACACUGUUCACUUUUUAAGUCUAAAAAACAAACAGAAGUGUAGAAAUGAGCAUCCGGACUCCGAAGACUUCAUUCUGAAUGUCCUUCAGUUGAACUGGACUGUACUGAUGCUGAAUAUCUUUAGUGUACCGCAGGACUGUCAAAAUGUGUGGGCUGCCUACAGUUGACUACACCAAAGUGUUGAUUAGACAUAAGCCAGCACAUAAGUAUUAUAUAGCCCCUUUUUUAAUUUCUAGUUUUACCAGAGCAAGUCUAGCCCAUGCGUUUUUAAAACCACAGCAAAUAACUGAUCCAUUUGGCACAUCUGGAUGCCUCAUUAUGGAAACAUUUCAGUCGGUUUGAUUCAUUACAAUGUAUAGCGUGAUUCGUAAUGAGCGAUGUAGACAAAAACUAGCUGAAGAACAAUUGUUUACAGAUUGCUUUAUAGAUUCACGGCAGUACUCUUUGACAUUGUACUGCUUUCCCGAUACCUUUCUUGUAGGCCAAUUCUUAUAGUGAUCACUGUGAUUUUUUUUUCUAAUCUUGUGUCAUAUCUAGUACAUAUCUGGUGAAAAAAUGAUAUUGGCUAUCAUCCUUGGUCACUCGGCAUAUAUUUUGCACCUUGGGCUGUUACACUGGAGCAUCUGUGUAGUGAAAUCCUGUGCGGCAGUGGUACAUGUGUGCCCCGCAUACUUAAAAAUUUACAUUUAAGACAACUAGAAUGACUGUAGUGUUUAAAAUAACACUUUUUAACAUGUUAGCCCUUUAUGUGAAGAACAAAACAAUUCUUUAGGCCAUAAAACCCCUUUGUGAUAUUUUUGUCACAACAGUAUAUAUGUUCUCUGUGUAUAUAGCUCUGCGGCAAGCUUCCCAGAAGAAGUUGUUCUAAACAACAUAGUAAAACACUGUGCUGGAAGGGAAGUCUCGUCUUUUAUAAUAUUCAGUCACGAUGAGCAAGUGAUGUAUUCUAGCAGUCAAUUAUUAUUGUUUUGCUCAUUUAAAGUUUUAUUUACUUGCAUUGCAUGUAUUCGGAGAGGUUUACAUAUGUGUAAUUGGCUAUUCACUUUAAAAUCAUUCAGUGCCACAUGCAGUGUUACGCAGUGCUGACAUUAGAUAAACGCUCUAGUUUAAUGUCAGUUUUCUAAAAAUGAGACCAUUACAUUUUGUGUUUGAAGACAGAAGCUAGUUUUUCCAGAUCUGUUUACGUGCAAAAUUGUUUAUCCUUUGUAAUAUGGAUAAACAUGUUAACGCUUAUAUUUACAAAUCAUUUACAAAUGUUGUAUGCCAAGCUCAUGUUAUUUAAACCAGGAGCAUGUUAUUUAUUUGAUUAAAAACUCUUUUUUUUCUGCAUUAUAUUUGUCACUGGCCAAAAAUAUUUCAUUGAAUGAAUUCAUCUGAGAAAAAUGAUACAAUGAAGAGUAAAGUUAGCUAUAGUCCCUGUUUUUCAUAUCAGGACUUUGUGUCUUUAUUUUUUUUUCUUCAAGAGCUUUCGAUCAAAUAAGGUUCAGAAUUGCUUAAGAUUUGCUGUCGAUCUUAUUGUGGGAUGGAUAAGAAGUGUUGACUUGCAUUGAUCAGAUUCAGCUGAGCACUUUGCUUCUCCUCUCUGUUUUGUCUUAUUAAACUAUGCAUCUCUCUCAAGAGCAAUUCUGUGUGGCACGCUGAAUGUAUUUUGUAAUCACAAACACAGUGUUGAUUAUCCUGUGUACAUAUUACCUAGCACUUCUUUUAUCACUUUUUACAGCUAAAAUGAUGCUGAUACAUUGUUUGCUUUCACUAAUAUUAACAGUAUAAUGAUUGUCAUGGUUUUAAGUUGAUUAUUAAGAAGACAUAUCACCAUUUUGAAUGUGAUGGUUCUUUAUAUCCAUUGGUUUAUUAAUGGUCCCUGUGUUUAGACUACCUAUUGUGGUUGCAUUUUCUUUCCUUUUGCUACUUGCUUGGCUGUUGCAAGUAACAGCUUGUUUUUUUUUUACAAUUUAUUGUUGUUUAUAGAGAUUUUUAUCGCUAUUUAAUUCUAAAUAUGUUACAGUGAUCAUAUUUGUUUGUAUGCUGCUAUUUUCCUGCUGUUUCACCAGCAGAUGGUUUAGAUUAAUUCACAUAGCUUCAUUUAUGACUUGGAAAAAUCAGAAUUAUAAAAAUAAGUGUUUUUCCUCCAAUAGUAGCAGGGCAAAGUAAAAGAAAACAUAUGGAAGCCACAGGAUCAACACCAUGUUAAAUUUGAAAAUAAUAAUUAUAUUAUAUAUAUAUAUAAUUUUUUUUUUCAUUUGGUGUCUUCUAUACAUUAAUCUCUGGUGCUGCAAAAUCAUGUCAUGAAUACGUUUGUACAAUUUUUUUUCAGUAUUCUGUAUCAUAUGGGUUUCCUUUUAUGUAAACCGUUUUAUACUCAGACACUCCUUCCAUUAAAAUACUCCCCUAUUUCCUCCAAAAACUUGAAUUUCCAAUAGUGUAUAAAUAACACUACUUAGAAUGUAGAAUUUUACCCUAAGAAUUCAAUCACGGUAUUAAAAAAAAAAAAACAUGAUGAGGACUUUUCCCAACGUGACACUUUCCCAUAGGGUGGUUAAAUAUUUUGUGUAGAUGGAAUUAUCGAUGAUUCAUCCUUGAGUAAUACGUUUGUCUUUGCAUUCUUGGCAUGCGGCAUGAAUGAGUGUAGAAGAGAGAUCUGAGUGUAUUAGUCUAUGUGCUACCAUAUAAAAGGGUGAGAAUGACGGUACAGCCCAUUUCAAUAAAUCUCCUGUUCUUCA